GCUCGCAGCCCAGGGCGGGCGGGCCCCGCAGCCGCCCCUCCCCGUCCCCGCCCGCCGCCGCGCACAACAUGGCCGCGACGCUGGGAAGGCUCCUGCGGAGUUCGGUGUCCGCCGCUGCCGGGAGGAGGCUGACGGCGCGGCCCCUGCCCUGCGCCCGCCGCCGCUUCAGCCUCGGCUCCUCGCGGUUUGCUCCAGCGGUUACACAACACGCCCCGUUUUUUAAAGGAACGGCCGUUGUUAACGGGGAGUUCAAGGAGCUGAGCCUGGAUGAUUUCAAGGGGAAAUACCUGGUUCUCUUCUUUUACCCCCUGGACUUCACCUUUGUCUGCCCCACGGAAAUUGUGGCUUUCAGCAACAAAGCAAAUGAAUUUCAUGAUGUGAACUGUGACGUGGUGGCAGUUUCUGUGGAUUCUCAUUUUUGUCAUCUGGCCUGGAUAAAUACUCCACGAAAGAGUGGCGGUUUGGGCAAAAUGAAUAUUCCAGUUCUGUCGGACCUCACAAAACAGAUCUCCCGUGAUUAUGGCGUGCUGCUGGAAGGGCCUGGCAUAGCAUUAAGAGGUCUCUUCAUCAUUGAUCCAAAUGGGAUCAUCAAGCAUCUAAGUGUCAACGAUCUCCCUGUCGGUCGUAGUGUGGAAGAGACCCUCCGCUUGGUGAAAGCAUUCCAGUACGUGGAAACACAUGGAGAGGUUUGCCCAGCAAACUGGACUCCAGACUCCCCUACAAUUAAACCAAGCCCAGAAGCUUCUAAAGAAUAUUUUGAGAAAGUGCAUACAUAAGCACUCAAAUAUUUGGACAAAACUCUUAGUUACCAUACAAUGAAGACAUUAAGAAAGCAGCUGUGAUUGUAGAAAAACAAAAAUAAAUGUUAUUAUUUUGUGAUGCUUAAAAAGAAAUUAAAUGUUUGAAAUAUUUACUGACUCCCCUGUUGUCUUUUUAAAAGAAGGGUAAAUCUAAGGUGCUUUUUUUCUCCCUUUUUGCAACUUGUUUCAUUAAUUUCUGUGACUACUAGUCUUCCUGAAUAUAACAAAUACACAAAAUAUGGUUGUAUUCCACUGGGUUCUUCCUCUUUCCUUAAAUAGUUUCGAUCCAGAAAGUGCCCCGUGUUUUAUCACAUGAAAAAUUAAAUUCUGUAAAAGAGUUUGAAACAAUGGGGACAAUACAGAAAAUAGAAUUUUGUUGCACUGUUUGUUUUAAUUAAUUUUGCAGAAGAGAUGAAUGUAACAAGUAAAAAAGAAAAAAAAUCCCCCUUUUUAUUUUGGUGUCUAAAUGCCCUAUAACUCGAAAUGAAUGUAAGCAUGUGCCAUUUUAAUCCUGCAUCUAUCCAGAGGUGCAGUGCAGCUACACAGGAGCAUUAGCAAGCAUGAAGAACUUUCAUUCAGCUUAGAAGAUGGUAAAAACUUGAACCUGGAGCUUAAUGACAAGUCUUCCAUCAUUUAAAGCACUACCUAUUUGCUUGAAUCUGUUUGAUGUACUGCUUGAAAACAAUGUAGCACAGCUCUAGCUACAGUAAUAAAUCCUAACUGACUAUCA